AACAAUCCUCAUCUGAGCGGAGACAGUAGCUCUAACACUAAAAAGUUUAUGAAGAUGUCUAAGACUGAAGUAGAAUUGUGUCCUGAGAAUAUUGCACUCGGUUAGCUGUUGUUUAGUCGAUAUUCGCUUAGUGUUUUUUUUAGGUUUUAUAAACGACAAAACCCGAAAUAUACUGCAUAAGGCGUCGUUAUGGAGGAAUACAGCACCACUGUGAGAACAUCCGGAUUCGUUUUAAGUUCAUUAAUGUUUCAGCAUCUGAACAGUGACCGUGAUGUGGAAGGAUUAUUACUCGGUGAGAGUGUCGGAGAGGAGAAGAGCAAAAUCACUGACUCGCAGACAGAUCACAUACAAUUUGUGCACACAAUAAAUAUUCAAAAGCACAUCACAUGCAGGAGUACACACAGCUUUUACAACAACACCUGUGAAGUGGACAAAGAAAAGAUUAGGCAGGUUCUAUCCAAUCUCAAAGAGGAGAACGUGAUUGGUUGGUAUCGCCAGAGGAGGAACACCAGUCAACAAAUGACUUUAAAAGAGCAGUUGGUCCAUCAUAAUUUGAGGAAGCUGCUGCCGUACCAGGAACUCGUUUUCUUGCUGCUUGCACCAUACGAGGUUACAUCAUCUCACUCCACACACCGCCUCGAGUACACAGCUUUUAUAUGCAAUGGCAGUCAGUUCAGUAGUAUUCCAGUCUCAGUCAGCAACCUGGGAACACUGGAGCAGCAGGAUUACUGGAGAGUCUCCGCUACCUGUCCUUCUCUGAGCCACUGCCAAGCCAUAAAACAACACAGAGCCAAAUUCUUCUCCUCAGAGCAGAAUCUCAGAGAGGUGGAAAAUGUCAACGACAUGAACGACACUUUGUUAGAUGAAAUGAAGAGUGCGUGUGUGAGAGUGGAGAGGAGCGAGCGGCGGGUGGAGAAGCUCCAGGCCGAGAUCGCUGAGCUCGCAGAAGCCAUCAGAGAGCGGAGGAAAAAACAGCAAGACCACGAUGCUAAAGAAAGUUCUCCUCUUGAAGAACCUAAGGAGAACAUCCUGCUGUGUGCAGCUCUGAAAGCACUUUUCCCCAACACACCGUCUCUGCGCAGCCAAACUCUGAGUGUCGAGGGUUCGCCUGUACUGCAGUUGUCCUGCACUGAGGACCACGGCAUCAACGUUCCCACCAAACUGCCACUUCUGUUGCUACAGUGUGGUAAAGCUGCGAGAAAGAGGAAGAUGAGCUCAGGCUAUGGGUUGAAGGGAAAAUGUCAGUCCCCAGGCAUUUCACGGACAGAUAAAAAGAGAAAGGUGGACACUGAGCUAAGCGAGCCGCUGUCCCAAAGUGGGUCUGACACGGAGGUGGAGGUGAGCAGCCCAAACCAAAGCAACUCGCCGGUGUUUUAAAGACUUGUUUAUAUAACAGACAUCAAACACAACCGACAGUCUGGUGUGAUGAAGCAGAGCCACUGUUACCACCCUGUAGUUGAUUAUUUUCCUUUAACAGCACAACCAUGAGGGUUUUAUUCCUUUUAUACCACUGCAAUUUGCCAAACAUUAUAGUCAUUUAUUAGUAAAGAAUGUCAUUCUAUUUAUUGUUUUAUAGCUACAUUCACUGUUAUGGAAUGUCCUCAAAACAUGGCACUUCCUACUUCCUGAAACCACUUGUGGUGUAGCAGCUAUAAAAAAAUAUUGUUUGUAAAUAUUUUCUUAAGGUAUUUACUGAAUUAAAAAAAACUCUUUUUUUUUUUUUUUACUUUUAUUUUACUUUUUCAAAUUCUAAUUUUCAAACCUGUCUUUUGUUCUGUUUAGUUUGUUGACUUUUAGCCUGUGGUGUAUAUAUAUAAAUUAAAUGAAAUACACUUAA